ACAUUUCCCAUGAGCCUCUUUUCCGGAAACGUCAUUUUCCCUCGCCAGCCUGAAGCUAACUGAGGAAUCAGGAAAGCAGCAAAGAAUUUAUAAUUCCGUAAUGUACGUGUAUAGUAAUAGUUUCUAAUUUUUUUUGUCAGUUAGCCUAGACUUCAAAGCAGCUAUUUCAGUUUGUAAAGUUUAGUGAGUUACUUCGGUGCUUCAUAUAUCCUCUGUUUAUCCUCGAGUGGAGCUGUAGUUAGCCUGUGAGUGUCUACUAACAGAAAAGAGCAGCACAACAGCCUAUGGAGAAAACACCUCUGAGAAAUACAUUAGAGAAUGAAACGCCUGAGCCAAGCGGGCCCAGUGUGGCCAAGCCAAUGAGUGCUGCACUGAAGGACAGAUUAAAAAGAGCACGGCGUUCUUUUACUUCCCCACUCAGCGUGGUUAAAAGACUUAAAAUUGAAGAGGACGAGUUCCCACAGGCUUCAAACAAAGAGACGACCCCGGGUGACGAGGGUGGAAUUGAUGUCAACAGAAAUGAGUCUGGAAGAGAAGACUGUCUGAAGAGCUUUGGGUCGGAUUACCCUCAGCGCUCUCAAUGUGAAUUACUUCAGCUUCGAGAGAAAUUAAAGAAAGAUGUUAAGGAGAAAUCUGAAACUCUACGAAGGCUUAAGAUGGUCAAAAUGUACAGAACGAAGAAUGACCUGACCCAGCUGCAAGGACUGAUAGAUAAAUGGAGACAAUGUGCUCAGGCAGUGCUGUAUGAACUACAGACAGAAUUGCCUACAGAUGGCCAGAAGGCCAGUCUCUCCCAGCUCAUUGACCACUUUGGACUGGAGGACAGUAUACUUCACUUCAACAGGACAGAGGAGGAAUUCACAGACAGCUGAUGUACAAAUAGUGUUUUUUAUGUUGUUCAUCAUCAGCCUUCGGGUGUUUGAAACGGGCUCUUUAAAGUGUUUUAAGUGGCAGCAGUGAACCUUCAUUUAAACACUGCAGGAGGUAAAUGAAAUUGUUCCAUAAUUGUGGUUUUGUUCAGAUGAAAUACCGCUGCAUUUCUAAAAUUACAAAUGGAACCUCCUGAUGAACCUUGUGUUAGCUUUAUUUAACUGUUUUGCACUUUGUGGCACAUUUGUCUCUGUGCUCUCAUAUAACAUGGAUGCAUUUUUGUGCCUGUUCUAUAUUUAGUUAAAAUGUGAUUGUAAAUAAAGGUAAAUAACAUUCUUA